AUGGCUCCUCCUCCACCAACUCUUACUCAAACUGAAACUGUUGCAUCUCAAGGGUUCACCCUUCUGGUUUCCGGUACUCCUCAAAUCAACAUGCAAGCAUCUGCUGGUGUAACCAACAGUGCUGAUGUUCAUUUUGCUGAUUGGAAUUCCUUCAAGUUUGCUCCUAUUAGAGAAUCUGUUGUUUCCAGAGCCAUGACUAAAAGAUACUUUGCUGACAUGGACAAAUACGCUGAGUCUGAUGUUGUUAUCAUUGGUGGUGGAUCUGCUGGAUUGUCUGCUGCUUAUACUUUAGCCAAGUCUAGACCUGACUUGAAGAUUGCCAUUGUUGAAGCAUCUGUUGCCCCAGGUGGUGGAUGUUGGUUAGGUGGACAAUUGUUUUCCGCUAUGGUUGUUAGAAAGCCCGGUAACGACUUUUUGGAUGAAAUUGAUGUUCCUUAUGAAGAUGAAGGUGAUUAUGUCGUUGUCAGACAUGCAGCUUUAUUCAUGUCUACAUUGAUGUCCAAAGUAUUAUCCUUCCCUAACGUUAAGUUGUUCAAUGCUACUACUGCUGAAGAUUUAAUUACUAGAAGAGAUGAAACAACUGGACAAUUAAGAAUUGCUGGUGUGGUUACCAACUGGACUUUGGUUGCUUUAAAUCACCACACUCAAUGUUGUAUGGAUCCUAAUGUCAUCAAUGCCAACAUUGUUAUUUCCACUUCUGGUCACGAUGGUUUAGGAUUCCCAGCUACCUCUGCUCAUGUUCUUGAAAAGGUUGUUGAUCCAGCCACUGACUCCAUUGUCAAGUUCGACUCUUUAACUCACGACACUCAAGAAGAAAAGGUUACAGGUAACAGUUUGAAAUUAGGUGGUAUGAGAGGUUUGGAUAUGAACAGAGCUGAAGAUUCUAUUGUCAAGGGUACCAGAGAAGUUAUUCCUGGUUUAAUCAUUGGUGGUAUGGAAUUGGCUGAAUUGGAUGGUUCAAACAGAAUGGGUCCAACUUUCGGUGCUAUGCUUUUAUCAGGUGUUAAGGCUGCUGAAUCUGCUUUACAUGCUUAUGAAUUGAGAAAGAAGGAAAACGCCUUGUCUAAUUAA